AUGCUUCGCGGAGCACUUAGCCCACAGACAUGGAAUGCUGUCCUUGAUUUUAGGUACGACGAAGAUGAUGACUUCAAGUUGAUUGAUAAGGUCACAGAGAAAUCGGAAGUUCUGCGGUCCGAGCACGAAAGAUCAAACACUUCUUCCUCAUCAGUACCUGGUCCCAACAAUAAAAAUACCGAUACAUCAGAGACUUUCUAUCCGCAAAUCAUUCAGGCGCCACAUAUAAUGCCUGGCCUAUUUGCAGAAAUUAGAACAACUUGUCUAUCAUUUUACGUCAUUCGCCAUCUGACAGACUACCAAUUCUCGAAAUUCCAGUCCACAGAAAAAGUCCCUACGAUCCAUCAACUUGCGGCUCGAAAGGCAAUUCAAGAAAUUGAACAGUCCCGAGGAUGGAUGCAUAGCCAGACCACCUCCGAAACUCAAACCUUAGUCGAGAAAGAAAUCGUUCGACUCGGCGAGAGAUUUCAAAUCAUGAAUAAGUUGUACUCAUUCGUAGCAGUUAGAUCAAGUGACGAGGAAAUUCUCAACAAGAAACUUUUCAAGCAUAAAAGCUAG